AAUAUUUCUUAUAAAUGCGCAAACAUGGCGUUCAGCUCGAGAGUGUUGUUUUCUUCUUUGUGUUUAUUUAAUUGCAUUUCAUUAUGUCUUGGACUAAAUUACGGCAACAUAGUUUGCAAUCGCGAUCUCCUUCGAUGGAACUAUAAAGAAAUCAUAAAAAGUAGUAUGUAUUCAGGUUACGACGAGAACAAUAUGUUUGUUAUUGACUGGGCAGCAAUGUUUGAUGAUGAAAACCAAGAUAUUUCUAAGAGAACGCCCCGGACAGGCGGUCCUCGACUUCAACCUGUACCACGCUACCUGAUUUCAAAGAACCAAUCAAAAAUAAGAACAUGUUUAAUCUUAAACAAAAACUCUCACAACGAGUCCCUAAAACAAGCGUUUCAACCCUUACCUCAUAUGGGCUGGUGUGUGGAUUCUAUUCAAGUUGUAUACGGGAUAAACGAUCAAACUUUAAAGGAAAUGGACAUUUAUAAAUGUUGUGAGAUGAUUAAACGGAUGGAACCUCCAUACCAGAGAAAUAAACGUCCAGAAGAUAAAAUGUGCGAUUGUCCAAGACUAGGAUAUGCUUAUAAGAAGGCUAACUACACAGUCAAAUGGAGUGGCCUGGAACCAAUUCGGCUUCCUAUCUGCUCUGAUGAAAGUAAUGUGAUCAUAACCUUCUUCUAUAAUUACUGGUGGGAGUUCAGCUCUUAUACUAAUUAUAGAUUUGUAUUUAAUGAAACAAGAUCUAUAGACAAAUGUGAUUCGUAUGCUGAAGCCAUUCCAGAAAAGAGGAUCGAAAAUUGUAUUUAUAAAACGAAAGACAACUUUGCAGAUGAAAUUAUAAAGAAUUCAGUCCUAUAUUUAGAAUAUCUGGAUGAGAAAAGACCAUGGAUGAUAACAAUGGACUGGACCAAAGCAUUUCCAAUUGAUAGAGAUUCUGGGAUAUCGUAUGCUAGAUGUUUCCUGGAUAUAUUUAUCCAGUAUGGACCAAUACAGGCAUCAGAUCUAGACUCUAUAAAAGAUUGUUGUCCUGAGGACCGUGGUCGUGAAUACGAAUAUAAUAAAGGAUAUCCGUAUCUAAGCACUCCAAUACCACCAGAUACAGACAGAGGAGCUCUAUUUGAGAAUGAUAAAACUAGAUGUUCCUGUGAUAAUAAAGGAAUUUAUCUCAAGACAGAAAGACUUCAUGCUAAUAUUGACAGAGACAAGAAGUUCAUGUUUGAGUUGUGUGGAGAUGCCCCUGUUGUGAUUAUAUCCUUCUACUAUGGAUAUAUUAGUGAAUAUGGUUUAAUAAAUAAACGUAUAAUCUUCCCACAACGAGACUGUCCUAUCACUACAACAACAACAACUACAACAACAACAAUUAAACCUCCUAGACCAUCUACCGUAACACCAGCAACAGCCAGACCUCAGGUCAAGGAUGAGAAUGGAAAUGCUGUUGUUAUCCCCUGGGCAAAAACAGCUGUGUUCCCUGAUCCUGUAAGCUUGUUGAACAGAAACUUGAAUAAGGUUGUUGGUAUUAGUGUAGGAGCAGUUAUUCUUCUUAUUACUGCAUUCUUUGCUUACUACUUGUACCGUAAAGGAUGUUAUGAGCACAGUUUACCUCCUGAUGAAGAUGUAGAAUAUAAGGGUAAAUAGGAGUUAUUAUGCUGUGAGAAGUAUCCAUGUUACAGUCUGAUUCAAAUCGUGAAAAUAUCUUUUUUUGUGAUUGUAAAAUGUAAUUUGAUUUGUCAUGCAUCUUUAAUAAAUAUGUUGGACACAGGAAUGGUAAUUUUGCCAUUUCUGGGAGUUUCUUUUAAAAUGUUGUCAACUUGGGAAAAUAAAAAUAAUAAUAAACAAAACUCAUUAAAAA